AUGGAGGCGCCGGUGGAGGCGCCGGUGCCUCAUGUGCCGCUGCUGCACAUCUUCUCCUUCCUGGACGCCGCCAGCUUGCUGCGGGCGGGCCAGGUGAGCAAGUACUGGAACAGGAUGGCCGAUAACGAGAGCCUGUGGAGGUGGCCGGGGCGCUGGGCGGCCCCCCAGGAGCUCCGGUGGAAGCAGUUGUUCCUGGCGCACGGCCGGCGGGAGCUGCGGAUGGCGCGGGCCCGGCCGCAGGACUUCUCCUACCGCGAGGCCCGGGGCAGGCUCGGAAUCCUGAAGCCGAUGGCCUACCUCACAGGGAACGACCCCACGCAGAGCGGACAGCGGUCCAUCCUGUGCUCGGCGUCCACCCGGCGCAUGCUCUUCGCCUGGGACGUGCAGGAGGUGGGCGACUCGGCAGGCGACAUCCACACGCUGACGGUGCCUGGGCUGGAGCACCUGUCCCGCGUCCACGCCUUCGACCACACGGUGAACCACCUGCACUGCUCGCCCAACGGGAAGUGGGUGUUCGCCGGCGCCACCCUCCAGCUCAUGAUGCCCAAGGUGUUCGCAGCCCAGUUCCUGCUCAGGCCUCAGGCCGGGGAAGACUCCCGCCAGUGGGCCUCCCUCCCACUCGCCUUCUGCAGCCAAGCCUGCUGGGCCCGGCAGCGCGCCAGCCGCGUGACCAUGAUGAUCCAGCAGUCCUCCUUCAGGCGGACCGGCUUCAGCACCUUCGACCUGGCCGCCAGGACGGCCGCCGACGGGGCCGCCGUGGUGGAAGCCCACCAGGUGGCGAGCUUCAUGCUGCCGAACAGGAUGGAGCGGCCGUUCCAGAUGGGGGUGCAGGACGGGGCCGCCAUCGUGCUGCAGAGCGGCUCGCACCUGCUGCUCUUCUCCAUCCAGGGCACACUGCUGCAGCGCUUCGACCACCACCAGCGGCACAUCUGCCACCUGUGGACGGACGCGCUGCACGUGGUCACCACGGCCAUGGACGACUUCCUGCACCUGUACGUGUGGGAGGAGGGCGGCCUGGGCCCGCGCCUCCGCAGCUGCUGCCACCUGGAGCAGCGGCGCGCCGACCCCACGCCCAGCUGCUUCCCCUCCUACUCGGUCUGCGACAACGCCAGCGUGGUGUGCGUGGUGACCCGGAACCGCGAGACCAGCGUGCUGGUGAUGUACUCCCUGCCGCCCUGA